CCGGCGCCUCAAGACAUCCCGAAUCUCCUCCAAUCCCUUUUUGACCGACUCUCCCUCUUGGUUUCCCUUCUCGGCGUUGCCACGAUGACCUACGACUUCAACGCCGCUGGGGGGGAUACCGCACUGUUGGAGCAGCUUGUGUUUGACCACCACCGCGACCGCUACUCGUAUCCCGCUGUCUCCUCGGCCGCCCCGUCCCAGGACCUCACCUCGACGGCCCUGACCACCAUGUCGCAGGCGAGCCGGCAGAGCUCGAGCCCGGUCGCGAGCUGGCUCCCGCUGGACCUGACGGGCUCCGUGAGCGCGCCCGUCUCGAUUCACUCCCCCAACUCCGCCAGCGUGACGCCUUCUUCCCCGGACGACCAGAGCGCCCAUUCGCCCGGGCGUCAGAGCAGCACCAUGUCGAGCCCGCUCCAACAGCAACCCUCACCGUACCAGACCGCUGCUCACUCGAACCCCGCGGGCCUCAUUCCGGACUGGUCUCUACCUCUGCAGGCUCAGCAGCAGCCUGCCGCUGAGCUCGCUCAGUUCAUCCAGGACCCGGCCAUGAUGAGCUUCAACCCAUACACCUCCAACUUCCAGCCCGCCGCGAUUGACUACCUUCCCGCAACCACGCAGGCCUCGCUCGAGACCGCGCUCCAACUGGAGCCGACAUUUGCCGCCAUCUCUCCGAUCGACCCGACCUCCCGGGUAAUGCAGUGGGGGGCCGGCAUGGCGAAUUGGCAGGAUUUCGACCCGACUCUGAACUUUCAGCCGGACGGGCUCCCGCGCGUCCGAAGCCUUGGGAGUCACUCCCCCACGGGCACCUUCCUCGAGGUCCUCUCGCUGGGCUCGAGCAGCGACAACGGCUGGACGUCGGUCGACAUGUACCCGAAUUGCGACAAUUUCUCGCAGCCACAACAUUCGCAAAACCCUGCAAUUUUCAAUCCUAGCCAAACGCUCCACCUGAGAAACAACUCGGACUCGUCAGCGUCGGACGCCAACUCGCUUGAGUUUGGCAGCUACGAGGAGGUCACCUUCCCCUAUUCUCCUUUCUCGCCCGACUCCGAUGCUUUUGCGGACCAGACGAACAACCACCGCAACUGCUUGCCGGGAGAGCACCGACAUCAGCCGUCGACGUCCUCGGAGCUCAUCAGCCCGUCUGCCGUUGUUGCGCCCGUGCCCAUCAAGACCGCUUCGGCUACUCGACCCGUUGUUGCCAGCGGCUCCAGCGGUUCUGGCUCCGGCUCGACAUCGCCUCCUGCGAGAAGGAAUUCGGGGACGAGAAAGAGCCCUAUUGCCAAGGCCACAAAAUCCGUCAUCCGCAGGACGUCUACGGGUAAGAAGGAUGGCACCGGCGAGAAGAAGGUGGGCAGGCGGCGCGGUCCUCUGCUCCCAGAGCAACGCAAGCAGGCAAGCGAAAUCCGGAAGCUCAGGGCCUGUCUCCGCUGCAAGUUUCUCAAGAAGACGUGCGACAAAGGCGAGCCUUGUGCGGGCUGCCAGCCCUCGCACGCCCGCCUGUGGCAGGUCCCUUGCACUCGCAUCGACAUCAAAGACAUCGGCUACUUCAUGAAGGACUGGAAGGCCGACUACGAGCGCCACCUCGACCGCGGCAUGUCUGUGUUCAACGUCAAGGGCUUCGCGCAGAAGGAGACGCUGAUGUGGAUCACCCACGGCUAUGGCUUCUGCCUGCCGGUCAUGGUCCGUGAAGUUUACGUGGCAGAUGACAGCUGCUUCCAUGUGGACUGGGUCGAAUCGUCGCUGCAAGAUCAAGACCCGAUUGAUUUUGAGAUCCGCACCGAGCGCCUCGACGUGGGCCACGAGGGUAUCUCGCUGGAGGCUCUCAACGAGUACUUGGACAAGCACAUCGACGAGGGCUUUGAGCGCUUCAUCGACGAUCACUUCGAGGGCACGCCUUUCAUCACCGAGAUCUUCAAGACGGCUCACCGCUUCUAUAUGAAGGAGAGGCUGCCUGUCAUCCGCAAGGCCCUGAAGCUCGUCGUGGCCUACAACCUCACACUGCACAUCACCCUGGUCGAGCAGCCCCCGACGGAUGUGCCUAUCGAGGGCCAGAUUGACGACGAGGACUCCAAGUACUACGGCAAGGUCGUCGCCCCCGUCAUGAUCAACUUCCAGAUCAAGUGCGCCCUGGCCGACAUGUGGCGCGAGCUGCAGAAGGACAUCCUCGAGGAGCUGUCGGCUCUGUACUCGAGCGUCUACAGUGGAGAGCGCCUAAAGAACUGGCCAACCAUCUUCAUGCUCGCCUCCAUCCUGCUGGCCGUCUGGGAGGAGAUCCAAUUCGACUGCCACUAUCGGGUCCCCGACCCGGUCGCUGUAGAGAAGUUCUGCAACGACAUGGAGACGGUGCCGGUUGGCGUCAUCGUCGGGCUCUUCCACGCCAUCUCGCAGAAGCUUCCGGCCUUUACGGAGUGGGACACGCGGAGACACGGCCAGCUGCUCAACAACAACCCUGCUGUCUGCGAGGCGAUGACUGAAGUGCGGCAGCAUAUCAUCAAGCACGAGGACUACCUGCGCACGCGCGCCGAUACCAAGUUUGACCGAUAUGACUUCGACUCAUUAUCGAACAAGCUUCUGUCCAAGCUAGUUAUUCGGUCGAACUAGGCGCGUCCUCUCGCCUCCGUUGUUGCGGGCCUUGCUGCGUCCCCAUUGCGAUGCGAUACCCCCGUUGUCGUUGAUGGUAUAAACCUUUCCUCACAUGUACCUACGAGGAAGGAGGUGAUUUUUUUUUUGUUGAUUUCCUUUCCCUACGUUGUUUGUGUUUGAUCUGAUGG